AAUCUAAAACAACUCAUAAUUUCAGGAACUAUUGCAUCAUCGGGAUUUGACAAAACUAGACCAAGACACAGAACUGCAGUCAUCAUCUCAUAGAAGCAAUAACUUGUGAAAUUAGCUUGAUCGCUACACUUUUUUGACCUUUGCAUACAUUUUGGCAACCACUUGCAAAGACAUGAUUGAAGUGAACACAUUUCAAGACCAAAGUCCACAAGAUAACAUAAAAAUAUAUGUUAUUCAACUCUCUCUUGUCUCUAUAUGUAUCCCCUGCUCUUUAUUAUCUCCGGAGUGAAGUUGAGACGUUUUUGAAACUGGGUGGUGCAACGAGUGAGCUAGCAGACAACAUUGUUCAGCAAAGAUAAUGGCAGUUGAUAACUCUCUGGAAAUAGCAAAGAAGGAUGAUGAUGCCUACGACGAUGAUGGAAGUCUGAAAAGAACCGGAACAAUAUGGACGUGCAACGCUCAUAUAAUAACUGGUGUUAUUGGAUCCGGGGUUCUUUCUCUCGCAUGGAGUACUGCGCAAUUGGGAUGGAUUGCAGGGCCUAUUUCCUUACUUUGUUUCGCCAUGGUCACAUAUGUUUCUGCUGCUCUUCUAUCAGAUUGUUAUAGGUCUCCUGAUCCAGUCACUGGAACACGAAACCAUACUUACAUGGAUGCAGUUAAAGUCAAUCUAGGUCGAAAGCAGACUUGGUUGUGUGGUUUUCUUCAAUACCUGAGCAUGUAUGGAACUGGUAUUGCUUACGUAAUCACUACAUCGAUCAGUAUGAGAGCAAUUUAUAGAUCGAAUUGUUAUCACUACAAAGGCCAUGAAGCUCCAUGUGAUCAUGGAGAUGCAUUUUAUAUGCUUCUCUUCGGAGCCAGUCAGAUUGUGUUUUCUCAGAUACCCAAUUUCCAUGACAUGGAAUGGCUCUCCAUAGUCGCAGCAAUCAUGUCAUUCUCAUAUUCCUCAAUUGGAUUUGCUCUUGGCUUCGCCAAAGUAAUUGAAAAUGGAACUAUUCAAGGAAGCUAUGGGGGAAUUCCCCAAGCUACAGUAGCUAAGAAAGUAUGGAAGGUCUGUCAAGCACUUGGAGACAUUGCUUUUGCCUAUCCAUACUCCACAAUUCUCCUUGAAAUACAGGAUACUCUGAGGUCACCGCCGGCAGAAAACAAAACUAUGAAGAAAGCAUCUAGGUCAGCAGUCUUCAUCACCACCUUCUUCUAUCUCUGCUGUGGAUGCUUUGGAUACGCAGCUUUUGGGAACCAAACUCCAGGGAACCUUUUGACUGGGUUUGGGUUCUAUGAGCCAUUCUGGCUUAUCGACUUUGCUAAUGUUUGCAUCAUUGUUCAUUUAGUGGGAGGAUACCAGGUGUACAGUCAGCCCGUCUUUGCAUUCAUGGAAGGAUGGCUAGCGGAGAAGUAUCCCAACAGUGGCUUUAUCAACAAAUCCUACAAUCUCAAACUCCCUUUGCUUCCAAGUCUCAAUCUGAGUCCUCUAAGGCUAUGCACUCGAACUUUUUAUGUUGCUACAACUACAGGAAUUGCAAUGACCUUUCCAUACUUCAACCAAGUUCUGGGAGUGCUGGGUUCUUUGACCUUUUGGCCCUUGACUAUAUAUUUCCCGGUGCAGAUGUACUUUGUGCAGCUGAAGAUCGAGGCAUGGACACGAAAAUGGGUUAUUCUUCAAACAUUCAGCAUUGUUUGUUUAAUCAUCAGUACAAUUGCGUUAAUUGGAUCACUGGAAGGUAUCGUAAGUGCCAAACUAGAGUAGGUUCUUUGAUUAUCUUCAUUUCCAGUGAAAGAGGAUGAAAUAUUGUAUGGUGUUUCCUAUAAUCAACUAGGAAAGAUAGAAUUAAUGUAAUUGCGAAGUUCUUGUAUGUGCAUAAGGGCAGUUUAUCAUGAAUUUUAUUUCCACUUUCCACAUUUUUUUCUUUCUUUUUCACUAUCAACACAGCAAUUGUAAUUUUAAACAAUCCUAUGUAAUAUCAUCAAUAGUAACUGUUGCAAUCAACCUUUAUUUUAUUCAUUGGUA